AUGGCUUCCCAGGUCAACGGAGAGGUGCAGCCAUCGUCGGCGACACUUCAACACAUUACUGGCUACCCUGUCGUCAAAGACACCCUGUCUGCCUAUAAGAACAACCCCUACGGCAAGAAGUCGAUAGAGCUGGGCGACUCUGCCUACCAGACCUUUGCCAAGCCCGUCAUCCCGUACCUGGCCAAGCCCUACGGAUACGUCUCGCCCUACGUCAAGAAGGCCGACCACUUCGGGGCCGGCGCCCUGACCAAGCUGGACGAGAAGAUCCCCGUGCUCUCGACCUCGACCGAGGAGCUCAAGCAGAUCGCCUUCUUCCCCGUCGUCAAGACCAAGGAGGGCACCGACCACGUCUUCAGCGUCUACAACUCCGAAUUUAAGAAGGUCGGCGGCGACGGCGUCGUGACGUACGGCAAGGCCAUCAUCUCGACCGGCCUGGUCAUCACGUCCGAGGCCCUCACCUGGAUCGGCGACUUCCUGAGAAGCAGCAAGGAGAAGGCCAAGGAGGCCGGCAACGACAUUACCCAAUAG